AUGUCCUACAAUAAACCUACAAGUCCCCCACCCUCCUACGCAGGGCCCUACAACCACGCCUCUCCCCCACCGCAAGGCCCCAGCCCAGGCGCCGCGCAAGACUACUACGGCGGCGGCGGCGGACCCCAGCAGCAGGGCUAUUACCCGCAACAGCAACAGCAGCAACAGGGGUACGGAUACCCGCAGCAACAGCAGCAACAGCAGGGGUAUUACAACCAGGGGCAGCAGCCGAUGUAUUACCCGCCGCAGCAGCAGCAGGGUUAUCCGCCUCAGCAGGGUUACUAUGCUAAUGAUCGCGGUAACCGGGGUGGUGGUAGCGGUGCCGGGGGAAUUUGUGCCGGCAUCAUGGCUGCCUUUGCUUGCUGUUGCUGUUUGGAUAUCUUGUUCUAA